GUCGCUGGGCAGGAAGCAGCGAGCGGACGGUCCGCGGUGAUGAUGGAGCUCCGUCCAGCCGACGGGGCUCGCUGCUUUAACAUCUGACAUUUCGGGGCACAUGAUGCUCGGUUUGCUCGCUUGAUGCGCGAUGAGGCUGCGGACGGAGGAAGGAAUGAGUGGGAUGCUCUCGGAGAGCUAACUAGCUGUUAGCUCAGUUAGCGUCCUCCGUCCUGCUGCAGGAGGCGAGCAGCUCAGCUGAUCGGCUGCAGCUCCACACACAGCCCGGCAAGGAGAUGAUGAUGAAGAGGCCUUAAUGUCCGAUCGGCGACGGUGCGCUCAAUCAUCCGGUACAGACAUGGCGUCGCAGCUCCAGGUGUUCUCCUCUCCCUCCGUCUCCUCCAGUGCCUACUCUCGCUCAAAGAGGCUCAAAGUGGAGAACCCUGCCUGGGAUGUGUCCAGCCAGCUGGGAGACGGUGCUUACUACCAGCAGAGCCCCACCCAGGGAGCUGCUCCCUCCACCUCCAGCUCCAACUUCAACCCGGUGUACAACUCCAACCACCUGCCGCCGGCCGGCUCCAGGGAGCAGACGGUGGUUCGGGCGGCAGACAGCACCGGCAGCCUUCGCGGGCCUCCGUCCUCCUCCUCUUCCUCCUCCUCCUCCAGCCGGCGCGUCAAGGAUGCGGAGUCGUCCUCGCAGCCGUGCGACCUCUACCACAAGCAGUACAGCCUGAAGAGGAAGAGCGAGGAGGUGGACAGCAGCGACAGCGUCCAGAUCCUGGAGGAGCUGUCGGCCCCCGUGGUGUCGAACCGCACGGGAGGCGGAGGAGGAACCACCACCGCUCAGUCCAUAGCACACUCCACCUCCACCACCAAGAGCAGCAACUCCCACAGCGAGGGCGACUACCAGCUGGUCCAGCAUGAGAUUCUGUGCUCAAUGUCCAACAGCUACGAAGUGCUCGAGUUUCUGGGACGCGGCACAUUCGGUCAGGUUGCAAAAUGCUGGAAGCGCGGCACAAAUGAGAUAGUGGCCAUUAAAAUCUUGAAGAACCAUCCGUCUUACGCUCGGCAAGGUCAGAUUGAGGUGAGCAUCCUCAGCCGGCUGAGCACAGAAAACGCUGAUGAGUUCAACUUUGUCCGUUCAUACGAGUGUUUCCAGCACAAGAACCACACGUGCCUUGUGUUUGAGAUGCUGGAGCAGAACCUUUAUGACUUCCUGAAGCACAGCAAGUUCAGCCCACUGCUGCUCAAGUGCAUCCGGCCGAUCCUGCAGCAGGUCGCCACGGCGCUGAUGAAGCUGAAGAGCCUGGGGCUGAUCCACGCCGACCUGAAGCCCGAAAACAUCAUGCUGGUGGACCCUCUGAGGCAGCCGUACAGGGUGAAGGUCAUCGACUUCGGCUCGGCCAGCCACGUGUCCAAAGCAGUUUGCUCCACUUACCUGCAGUCUCGAUAUUACAGGGCUCCUGAGAUCAUCCUGGGCCUUCCUUUCUGUGAGGCCAUCGACAUGUGGUCUUUGGGAUGCGUCAUCGCUGAGCUGUUCUUGGGAUGGCCUCUUUAUCCUGGUGCCUCAGAGUACGAUCAGAUUCGUUACAUCUCUCAGACCCAGGGCCUUCCAGCAGAGUACCUGCUGAGUGCAGGAACAAAGACCAGCCGCUUUUUCAACAGAGGCCCAGACUCGAGCUACCCGCUCUGGAGACUCAAAACGCCUGCAGAGCACGAGGCCGAGAUGGGCAUCAAGUCAAAGGAGGCAAGGAAAUACAUCUUCAACUGUCUGGAUGAUAUGAUGCAGGUGAACAUGACUAACCUGGAGGGCACAGACAUCCUGGCAGAGAAGGCUGACAGACGGGAGUUUAUAGACCUGCUGAAGAAGAUGCUGACGCUAGACGCAGACAAAAGGAUCACACCCAUGAAGACGCUCAACCAUCCGUUUGUCACCAUGACGCACCUGCUGCACUUCCCUCACAGCUCACAUGUCAAGUCCUGCUUCCAAAACAUGGAUAUAUGCAAACGCAGAUGCAGCGCCUUUGAGAAUGGAAAAAAUAUGUUUGCAAGCAACAACACCCCAAGUGCAGCCACCAACCUCACCGUCACAUUCAGUAGCCAACUAAACCAGCACAAUCAGAUGGCCUCUACAGGAGGCCAGUCAUUGUCCCUCAGCAGCAACGUCCCGCUGCUCAACUACCAGCCCGGCCUCUACCAGCAGGCCACAAUCAACAUCCCUGGUCUGACCCAGCAGGGCGUUCCUCUGCAGACCAGACCCACGCAGCUCUGCGCCCAGACUGAACCCUUCCAGCAGACACUCAUAGUUUGCCCCCCAACCAUCCAGGGUCUUCAAACCUCCAAUAAGCCGUCUGGUUACCCAGUCAGAAUGGACAACUCUGUACCUUUAGUUCCUCAGAACCAGUCCUCCCAGUCUCUUCACAUCCAGCCCAGCAUGCUGGCACAGGCUUCCUAUGACCCUCUGCUGGUAGGCGGCCUGUACGCCUCAGUGGCAGGGAUGCCACGUUUAGGCUCGCUGGAUCAGUAUACCUCCAUGCUGCAGGGCUGGCCAGCAGGGACACAGCAGAUCCUCAUCCCUUCCACAUGGCAGCAGAUGCCUGGCAUGUCCAUCCACAACCCUGGGCAGGCUGUGGUGCCGGAUUCACCCAUGGGUGCUCCUAUCGCUGACAGUCAGCAGGCUUCAGGCUGGAGGGGUCGCCAUGGCAGCCAGUAUGAUGGCGUCAGCCAGCAGGACUCUGGUGUUGGUCGUCACGCUGCCUCACAGAACCACAGCUCAGGAGCUGCUCACUCAAGAUCCCAACCGGGCAAGAGAUCGAAGGCUCGACACGCUGAGAGCAGAGCCAGACUGGUGUCAUCAGUGCAUUCAGCCACCACUGCGGUUCACAGCACGUCUUUUGCCGGUGACCAGUCUCAGCCCAUCGUCAUCUCUGACACACCCAGUCCUGCCGUCAGCAUCAUCACCAUCCACAGCGACUCAGAGGACGAAGAUGAGACAAAGUUCCCUGCUGCUUGCUCUGGAAUGAGCCAGAGGACCAAUGUGAUCAGCUGUGUGACGGUGCAUGACUCCCAUGACUCCGACUCCUCCACCAGCAGCCCCCUCAGCCCCAAAACCACCUCCCAGCCCACCAAGUCUCUGGCCGUCAUCAUGCCGUCUGUGAAGAGUCAGCCUGGAGAGAGCACAACCCACAAGACUCCAGCAGCUCCAGCAGACCAAGCUACGAGUGGCUCAGGAAAGUCCAAGAAGGGUUCUGCUCAGUCGUCCGGUCGGCCAGGAGAUUCCACCACUGAUCGCCAUCAACGGGCUGCAUCCAGCAGAUCCCAGCCCCUCAACCUGAGUCAGGUACAGCAGUCUGUGAUGACAUCUUCCCAUGAGCAAACAGGAAGCAGUUCCUUGAGGCGACAGCCCACUUACCCUCCUCCCGUCUCCUCCCACUCGUCCUACCGGCUCCAUGAGGGCACCCUCUUCAGCUCAACCCCAAACCUGUACGCCUACCCGGCCUCUGCCGCCUUGGCCUCCGUGUCCCAGGCUGUGGACCAGAUGCAGGGUGGCUCUUCCCGCCACGGCAGGGCGAGUGGAGCUUACUCCUCGCUGGCGCUGCUCCAGAAGAACGGCAGUUUAGCCCUGGGAGGGUCUGCUGCAGGACAGUAUGGAAACCACAACCAACAGCAGCAGCAGCAGCAGCAGCAGCCUUUCCACCGCUCUAGUGCUGCUUACCAACGAAAACUUAACCAGUAUCCCUACCUGUAAACACUGAAGGACCAAACCGAGACCGAGACUAGAGACGAGCACAAGCUCAGCACGGGCGACUGUGAUCAGACUUGCUUUUAACUUGACUUUUUUCUUUGCCUCGCUGUCCAGUCCUAAAAUGUGUGUGUUUUUUACAUUUUUUUUUUUUUUUUAUCAUGGUCAGUUUUUACUUGAAUCUAUUCUCGUUUCUUUCUGUUGCAGCACAACAACAAACAGUGGAGGCUUUUUAGUGUAUUUCGUCACAGUGCUGGACUCCAGCAUGUGAUCUGAAAUUAAACAGUAAGGUUGAAGGUGACUUACAGCUUCAUUUUUUUAUAUAUUGUGCCCAAAUGUAGGGAACUAAACAUGAAACUAAAUAGCGCUCUUACUUACAGAUUACAAUUUUAAAUUCAUUCUUAACAUAUAAAUCCCCAUAUUUUGAUUUUAUGUGAGAAUUGUGUGUUGCGGAGAAACUGAAACUUAACUGUUAUGCUGUUCUGUUAUUAUUAUUAUUAUUAUUAUUAUUAUUGUUAUUAUCAUGUUGUGGGGCUGCACAGUGGCUUGGUGGUUAUCACUUUCGCCUUGCAGCUAGAAGAUCCCUGGUUCGCGUCCCGGCUUUCCCGGGAUCUUUCUGCAUGGAGUUUGCAUGUUCUCCCUGUGCAUGCGUGGGUUUUCUCCAGGUACUCUGGCUUCCUCCCACAGUCCAAAAACAUGCUGAGGUUAAUUGGUAACUCUAAAUUGUCCGUAGGUGUCAAUGUGAGUGUGAGUUUGUCUGUAGCCCUGCGAUGUGUCCAGGGUGUCCCCUGCCGAGGCUCCAGCCCCACUGCAACCCUGAUGAGGAUUAAGUGGUAUAGAUAAUGAAUGGAUGGAUUUUUUUUUUUCAGCUUUAUUGAUAGGUGCAGUGAGAGACAGACAGGAAAGGAGGGAGAAGAGUGGGGGGAAGACAUGCAGCAAAGGGCCACGAGCAGGAAUGGAACUCGGGCCGCUGCGUCGGGGACCAGCCCCUGUAUGUGGGUCGCCCACUUAACCUGUUGAGCUAUACGGGCACCUCGAAUGGAUGGAUUAUUGUGUUGCAGUUGUCAGAAUCAUCCAAUAAUAGUUUGAAACAACGCAUUUACAUAUACACAGUCGCCUUACAUAUUUAGGCCAAUUUCUCUUUUUUAAGAUUUAAUGUCUGCACAUUGUGAUAAGUUGGAAAAAUAUGUUGUACGUUUCAUGUAUGAAUGUACUGUGUGUUUUAUCUGUACUAUGAAAACAAACGGCGAACAUAAGCUACGUACUGUACUGUAUAAAGAUGUGUCACUGUUUUCCUUGUUGAUUCUGUUUGAGUGCUGGCUCAAUUAUAUUCAUGUGUUCAGUAUGUUGAACAACGCGGUGCAUUUCAGUGUGGAGUAGGACGUAUUUAAAGGGGAUGGGCUUUUUUUUACAGUUUUAAAGUUACUGUUAAGGUUGCAUGUGUCUGACAUGGAGUAGCAUUCAGGAGAGGUUUGUAAUCUGCAGCCGCAGACAGAUUAGUAAUGUUUCAUUUAAUUUGUACGACAAACACAUUAGUGAUAUUGGGAAAAUGUAAAAGUUGUUGUCUUGUGACGUGAUGUCUGUGAAGUAAAGUGUGAACUUAAAAAACACGAUUGGGUAUCACUCUUACGUAAAAGUCAAAGCCAUUUAGACGAAAAUUCACAGUACAGCUUUUGGAAUUGUGAAUAAUGAAAUCCGACAAAGAUGAUUUAUAAGGAUAUAAAUCGAUGUUUAGUAUGUUACUGCUUCUAAACAAAUCAUUGGUUUGGUGAAAUGAUGGUUGUUCUUACAAUCCUGUUGUGUUGUGAAGUGCUACAUUACAUAGAACACACAAUGAACCUUAACCUGUAUGUAUGCAAUAAAAUCCUCUCAAAACAGAA